AACACUAUCUUCUAUCUAUAAAUCACAAUUUUACGUUUAUUCACCCGAUUUACGAAUCAAUUACACCUUCCUCUAUAGUCAAUCAGAAUGCGCGAAAUCGUUCACUUGCAAACUGGUCAGUGCGGUAACCAGAUUGGUGCCGCUUUCUGGCAAACAAUCAGUGGAGAACAUGGACUUGAUGGGUCGGGUGUCUACAACGGAACGAGUGACCUGCAGCUCGAGCGUAUGAAUGUCUACUUCAAUGAGGCUUCCGGCAACAAAUACGUUCCCCGUGCUGUGUUGGUCGACUUGGAACCGGGCCGGAUAACUUCGUCUUUGGACAAUCCGGUGCUGGUAACAACUGGGCCAAGGGCCAUUAUACCGAGGGUGCUGAACUUGUCGACCAGGUGUUGGAUGUCGUUCGUCGUGAGGCCGAAGGCUGCGACUGUCUGCAAGGUUUCCAGAUUACUCACUCGCUUGGUGGUGGUACUGGCGCUGGUAUGGGAACGCUCUUGAUCUCCAAGAUCCGUGAAGAGUUCCCCGACAGAAUG